AUGGACGUGGACGACGAGUACAACUCGGGGCCCGGGGAGGAGGAGCAGGAGCCUGAGCAGGAGCACGACCAGGCGGACGAGCACGAGGCCGGCCGGGACCCGGUCGAGAUUUUCGACCAGGGCGAGCAGCAGGAGGACGGGGCCCCGGAGCCGCAGGAGGACAAGCCGCGCAUCACGACGCGGUACAUGACCAAGUACGAGAAGGCGCGGAUCCUGGGCACGCGCGCGCUGCAGAUCUCGAUGAACGCGCCGCUGAUGGUCGAGCCCGAGGGCCUCACGGACCCCCUGGACAUUGCCAUGAAGGAGCUCCAGCAACAAAAGAUCCCCUUCAUCAUCCGCCGCCACCUCCCCGACGGCUCCUUCGAGGACUGGUCCGUCCAGGAACUCAUCAUCCCCGACAACCGGUAG